AUGAGCCACAAGCCUUCCCCUAACAGCAGUGGGAGCGGCGGGACAAGCUUCCGAUUACUCCCUAGAGGUGAGGCGCAAACAGCGGAGGACAGACCUGCAGAGAACACGCCGGAGACUCGGGGAGAAGCGGGGCCGCGGUUAUAUUGUGUCGAGCACCGUGUGUGUAAAAGAGAGACAGAGACAGCGGGGACGGGAGUAUAGAGACAGACCGAGACAGAGAGCGAAUACACAGCCAAGGGAAAAUGGUGGAUUAUCACGCCACGAACAACCAGCAAUCGUCUCCCGGCGGAGGCCAGACCUACAUGGAGCAGCCUGACGAGUGGGAUCGGGACCUCCUCCUCGACCCCGCCUGGGAGAGACAGCAGCGAAAGACGUUCACAGCCUGGUGUAACUCUCACUUGCGGAAGUCAGGAACGCAGAUUGACAACAUUGAAGAGGAUUUCAGAGACGGGCUCAAACUGAUGCUGCUGCUGGAGGUCAUAUCAGGUGAACGGUUACCCAAACCUGAGAGAGGAAAGAUGAGAGUCCACAAGAUCAACAACGUCAACAAAGCGCUGGACUUCAUCGCCAGUAAAGGAGUCAAACUGGUUUCCAUCGGGGCCGAGGAGAUCGUGGACGGGAAUGCUAAGAUGACCUUGGGGAUGAUCUGGACCAUCAUCCUGCGCUUCGCAAUCCAGGACAUCUCCGUCGAAGAAACCUCUGCAAAGGAGGGCCUGCUGCUCUGGUGCCAGCGCAAGACAGCCCCCUACAAGAACGUGAACGUGCAGAACUUCCACAUCAGCUGGAAGGACGGUCUUGCCUUCAACGCCCUGAUUCACAGACACAGGCCCGAGCUGAUCGACUAUGACAAGCUGAGGAAGGACGACCCCAUCACUAACCUGAACAAUGCCUUUGAGGUGGCUGAGAAAUACCUCGACAUCCCCAAAAUGCUGGACGCUGAAGACAUCGUGGGCACGGUCAGGCCUGAUGAGAAAGCCAUCAUGACGUACGUCUCCUCCUUCUAUCACGCCUUUUCUGGGGCACAGAAGGCCGAGACGGCAGCCAAUCGCAUCUGCAAGGUGCUGGCUGUGAACCAGGAGAACGAGAAUCUCAUGGAGGACUACGAGAAGCUGGCCAGCGACCUCUUGGAGUGGAUCCGGGCCACGAUCCCUUGGCUGGAGAACCGAGCCCCUGAGAAGACGAUGCAGGAGAUGCAGGUGAAGCUGGAGGAUUUCCGGGGGUACAGGCGGGUGCACAAGCCCCCCAAGGUGCAGGAGAAGUGCCAACUGGAGAUCAACUUCAACACCCUGCAGACCAAGCUGAGGCUGAGCAACCGGCCUGCCUUCAUGCCCUCCGAGGGGAGGAUGGUCUCGGACAUCAAUAACUCGUGGCACAGUCUGGAGCACGCAGAGAAGGGCUACGAGGAGUGGCUGCUGAACGAGAUCCGCAGACUCGAGAGACUCGACCACCUGGCAGAGAAAUUCAGACAGAAAGCCACCAUCCACGAGGCGUGGACCGAGGGUAAUGAGGCCACACUGACCAAGAAGGAUUACGAGACGGCAACGCUGUCUGACAUCAAAGCCCUGCUGCGCAAACACGAGGCCUUCGAGAGUGACCUCGCUGCGCACCAGGACAGAGUGGAGCAGAUCGCUGCCAUCGCACAGGAGCUCAAUGAGCUGGAUUACUACGACUCUCCCAGUGUGAACGCUCGCUGCCAGAAGAUCUGUGACCAGUGGGAUGUACUGGGAUCCCUGACCCAGAGCCGCAGGGAAGCCCUGGAGAGGACAGAGAAGCAGCUGGAGUCGAUUGAUGAGUUGUACCUCGAGUACGCCAAGAGGGCGGCACCUUUCAACAACUGGAUGGAGGGGGCGAUGGAGGACCUGCAAGACAUGUUCAUCGUGCACAACAUCGAUGAGAUCCAGGGUCUGCUGUCUGCUCAUGAGCAGUUCAAGGCGACUCUCUCCGAUGCUGAUAAGGAGCGCGAGUCGAUCCAGGGGAUUCAGAAUGAGGUUCAAAAGAUCGCCCAGUACAACAGCAUCAAGCUGACUGGAGGGAACCCCUACACCACCAUCACCCCCCAGGCCAUCAACGCCAAGUGGGACAAAGUGCAGCAGCUCGUUCCUCAGAGGGACCGCGCUCUGCAGGAGGAGUUGGCGCGGCAGCAGUCCAACGACCGGCUGAGGCGCCAGUUUGCCAACCAUGCCAACGUGGUGGGACCCUGGAUCCAGAACAAGAUGGAGGAGAUCGGGCGUAUCUCGAUUGAGAUGCACGGCACUCUGGAGGACCAGCUGAAUCACCUGAAGCAGUACGAGCGAAGCAUCAUCGAGUACAAACCCAACAUCGACCAGCUGGAGGGAGACCACCAGCUCAUCCAGGAGGCGCUGAUCUUCGACAACAAGGACACCAGCUACAGCAUGGAGCACCUGAGAGUGGGCUGGGAGCAGCUCCUCACCACCAUCGCCCGCACCAUCAACGAGAUCGAGAACCAGAUCCUGACCAGAGACGCCAAGGGAAUCAGCCAGGAGCAGCUGCACGAGUUCAGGGCCUCUUUCAACCACUUCGACAAGGAUCACAGCGGCGCUCUGGGCCAGGAGGAGUUCAAGGCGUGCCUCAUCAGCCUGGGCUACAAUGUGGAGAACACCAAGCAGAAGCGCACAGGAAUGAUGGACACUGAUGAUUUCAGAGCGCUGCUCAUUUCAACUGGAUACAGCCUGGGUGACGCAGAGUUCGCUCGCAUCAUGAGCGUCGUUGACCCCAACAACAGCGGGGUCGUGACCUUCCAGGCCUUCAUCGACUUCAUGUCCAAAGAGACGACUGACACCGACACAGCGGACCAGGUGGUGGCGUCCUUCAAGAUCCUGGCAGGAGACAAGAACUUCAUCACAGCGGCGGAGCUGCGCAGGGAGCUGCCCCCAGACCAGGCUGAGUACUGCAUCUCCCGCAUGGCUCCCUACCAGGGGCCCGAUGCCAUCCCCGGGGCCCUGGACUACAUGAGCUUCUCCACAGCGCUGUAUGGGGAGAGCGACCUGUAACACACGCGCACGCGCUCGCUCACUCUCACUCAUUACCCAGCAACGAGGGGGAGAGGUAGGGAGAGGGAGAGAGAGAGAGGUAGGGAGUGCGAUCAAGCAAGAGAGGUUAAAGUGUGAAACUGCAAGUCUGCUCAGAGAAAGAGAGAUGGAGAUAGAGAGAGAGAAUUCGACCGUGAGUCUUGAAAAACAUUCCAUUUAUUGUCUUAAUAAUAAUAAUAAUACAAGGGUAUAAUAUCUGUCUUUAAUCUAUGCAAUCUAUUAUCAUUUCGCUACAUUAUAGAUAUACAGAGACACGCAGAAGCAAAAAUUAUGUGGGAAUUUAAAUAUUGUUAAAAAAAAAAAAAAAUUAUUACUGAAAUGUUUCUAACUUUUUGCAAGGAGGUCGGGUACGGACCAAAUUUAAAAUUCUGGUGACUGUUUUUUUUUUUUUUUUAAUAGAUAUUGUAUUUGUUAGACAUCGUCUUGGAGAAACUGCUGUACAGAAAAAAUAUCCCCUCCCCUGUGAAAGGAAUGUUUCAUUCACUUUAGAUUCUUUUUUAUUUUUUUUAAAUCUAAAAAUCUGACGAGGCAUUCAAAUGUGUAACCUGAACUGAGGACCUGUCUCUUUGUUUUUUUUUAAUUUUAUUUAAUUAAAAAGGGGGGUAAUUUCACUAUUUUUGAAUGUUUUCAGUGACUGUAUGUGAUGCAGUCUAAUAAAUAUCACAGACAGACGGACAGUUCUUUUUAAAUUAGACUCACGGUUUUAUGAUUCUAGAUGCAGACAGAACAACGGACCAAAUUUAUUUUACUAUUUAACAUAAUCAGGAAUGAAAAUGCGACUCAUGUUGCACAGCGCUGUGAUCCAGUCCUGGUUUCACUAGGAGUUUAAUAAUCACCUGAGCUUGUUAUCCACACACACUGGGGCUGAUCAAGCUGGUAGUAAAACCUGGACUGGGUGACCCUGCUGUGCAAUGGGAGUCUCAUUCCCAACCCUGAUUUAUUAAUUGUUAUCCACAUAUAAAUGAACAGCUGUAGGGACUUAGCAUAUAUCUUAAAUAAAUAAUUAAAACAAAAAAUUUAACUAAAUUUAAGCAUAGGAAAGAAAAGUAUUUAUCUCAAAAUAUGUAACUUUUUUUUUUUUAAUUUGUGGAUUGUACAUACUUCAUCAAACUUCAUUUCUGAUUUAUGUGGUAAAAGCUGGGCUUUUUCUCUCGAGUUGGCGGCUCAACGCAUUUUGCGCGUUUGAAAUUAGAACCUGCAUUGUUUCAUUAAGAAGAGAACACAGGGGCUGUAUUAAAUCAGAGCUACGACGCAGAGCUGAAUAAACACAUUACUGGAUUUCUCACAUCAAGCUCUCCACAGGUGAGGUUCGCUGGCGUCCAUCGGGCUGACUCACCAUUCAGAGUGAAACGAGUGUAGAAACAGCUGCCUGGGUUUGUGUGGAUCGCUGUUCUCCUCCACAGAGUCUAAGAAAAGCAGCGAUCAUCACAAACCCAAGCAGCUGUUUCUUCACUCGCGUCACUCUGAAUGGUGAAUCAGCCCGAUGGACGCCAGCCACCCUCGUUUGCAGAGCUGGAUCUGGACAGUCGACCAAUCCAGACGUCUUCACUGCUUCGUCGAAGACUUUGAUUUCAUUCGGGCUCUUGUACCACUUCCUUUGCUAUAAUAUAAAUAUGUUUUAUAUAUCCGGUUGUGAUAUUUCUCUUGUUGCGACCUCACUGUUUAUGAAUAGCUUUGAAAGUGCAUCACAUAUAUUUCAUUAAAAGUCAAAGUACAUUAUGAUAAAGCAAUCGACUGUAUAUGAAAUAAAUUGCGAAAAGAAACCGCACGUGAUACCACCUGUAGAUACUGUAGGAGGAGCGUGUAUUAAUAAUUAAUAAUAAUAAUAAUAAUAAUGAUAAUGAUGAUAAUUAGCGUUUUAUAAAAACAAAUGCAUACAUAGUUCUGUCUAAUAUAUAUAUAUAUAUAUAUAUAUUAGAAUAUAGAAACAACGCACAGCUGUAUCCCAGGAGAAUCAUGUAUUUAGACGUUUUUAUCCAAAGCGACGUACAGAGACUAGGGGGGUGAGCGAUGCAUCAUCAUCAACAACUGCUGCUGCAGAGUCACUUCCGAUAGGACCCCGUUUGUUUUACGUCUCAUCUGAAGGACGGAGCACAAGCAGGUUCAGUGACUUGCUCAGGGUCCCACAGACAGUGAAUCAGCGGCUGAGCCGGGAUUUGAACCCGGGAUUUGAAUCCCCUGUGCUGUCUGAAGCAGCAGUUUUAGCAGGCAGCUCCCAGGCUUUUGUGGAUGAUUCAAUUGAGUUUGUCGUGUGUAUGUUAAUGGCGAUUUUGGAUGCAGGAUAUUCUCUUAAUUGAAGUCAGGAGGUGUAUUGUAAAACCGUGAACCCUACCGGAGUGCAGGGGCUGGGGUGGGGUGAGGGGGUCGUCCCUGUAGUUUUUAGGAUUCAUUUUCUUUUUUUUAUAUAUAUACUUUAUAAGGGGGUUUCUUUUGCAUUUCGUGUUAUAAACAGUUUGUUUUUCUUUGUGUUCUAUAUGGAAAUACACACGUGCACGCAUCUUCAAAUGCGAUUUAAUAAAAAUUAUAAAAUAUAAAGAUGUGUUCUUUUCUUUUUAGGAUGUAAAACAUUACAUGCUUUCCUUUCACCCUGUUUUCUCUCCCCCCCCCCCCUCCCCCCCCAUCUUAGUCACAACAUUAUGAAGCUAUGUCUUCAUCAAAUUUUCCUAGCGAAAUGUGUUAAAGGGGAGGAGCUUUUUUUUGCCUUUAUUCUGUGGGUGUUUUUAAAUGGGGUUCUGCCCUCCCUUUUAAUAAAUAAAUCUACCAUAUUUUUGAAA